GAGAGGGAGAGAGAGAGGGAGAGAGGGAGAGAGGCAGAGCGAGAGGCAGCGAGCGAGCGGGUGAGGAAGGCGCGCGCCUGCGUGAGUGUGUGUGUGUGUGCGCGCGUGCGUGUGUGUGGAGGAGGCGAAGGCGGCGGCGGAGGAGAGCCGGACGGGCGGAAGGCAGGCUGGGCCUGACGGCGGCUGAAGGAAUCCGAGGAAGGAGAAGAUGGCGGAUGGCGACAGCGGGAGCGAGCGAGGGGGCAGCGGGAGCGGCAGUGGCGGCGGCGGCGGCGGAGGAGGAGGAGGAGGCUUCCAGGGACACCGUGGCGGUGGCGGAGGCGGCGGCGGCCCCGGCCCGGAGCAGGAGACGCAGGAGCUGGCGUCGAAGCGCCUGGACAUCCAGAACAAGCGCUUCUACCUGGACGUGAAGCAGAACGCGAAGGGCCGCUUCCUGAAGAUCGCCGAAGUGGGCGCGGGGGGCUCCAAGAGCCGCCUCACGCUCUCCAUGGCGGUGGCCGCCGAGUUCCGGGACUACCUGGGCGACUUCAUCGAGCACUACGCGCAGCUGGGGCCCAGCAGCCCUGAGCAGCUGGCGCAGGCCUCGCCUGGCGGGGAAGACGGCAGCGGCGGCGGGGGGCCUCGGCGGGCCCUCAAGAGCGAGUUCCUGGUGCGCGAGAACCGCAAGUACUACCUGGACCUGAAGGAGAACCAGCGCGGCCGCUUCUUGCGCAUCCGCCAGACCAUCAACCGCGGGCCGGGCGGCGGCGGAGGAGGCGGCGGAGGGCCGGGCUUCCCCGGGGGCCCUCCGGGCCUGCAGAGCGGCCAGACCAUCGCGCUGCCGGCGCAGGGCCUCAUCGAGUUCCGCGACGCGCUGGCCAAGCUCAUCGACGACUACGGCGCCGACGAGGACGAGCUGGGCGGCGGCGGCGGUGGGGGCCCCGGGGGCGGCGGCGGCCUGUACGGCGAGCUCCCCGAAGGCACCUCCAUCACGGUGGACUCGAAGCGCUUCUUCUUCGACGUGGGCUGCAACAAGUACGGCGUCUUCCUGCGCGUCAGCGAGGUGAAGCCUUCCUACCGCAACGCCAUCACGGUGCCCUACAAAGCCUGGGCCAAGUUCGGCGGGGCUUUCUGCCGCUACGCCGACGAGAUGCGAGACAUCCAGGAGCGCCAGCGGGACAAGCUGUACGACCGACGAGCUGGGCCCGCCGGGCCAGGGAGCGGCAGCGGAGCCGGAGACGAUUCCGACGGAGACGAUGUAGACGACGACUGAGCCUCUCCUCUCCUCCUGCUCCCCCGCCGCCUCCUCCCCGUCGCCCCAUUGCUUUUGACAACCCCCUUCUCCUCACCUCAGCCACCUUCCGCUCAGGCCGGGAGGUUGCCAUGGAGUACGGGACUGGGUGUAAGCAGGGAAGGAAAACUGGCCCCAAGCUUUCCUCCCCACCUCACACGCAUCCUUUCGUCGUGGGAGAGAGCAAGCUUCGAGAUAACCUGCACCACUUCUGGAGCUCCAUCCUGAUCUCUAUCUCUGUGACCCUUUUAUUUUUCCCAGGGAUACAGCAUCUGUUGGGCUUCACCGUCAUCAUUGCCUCCCCUGCAGAGAGGAAUCUUGGUGGCCUCAGUUAACCUCAACCGUCGCCCAUGGUGGAGAGAAGGGGAUCUCAGCCAUCUAAAUCUGUCCUGCCUUCCAAGGCUCCUCCUCUACCAAAUGGCUGAGAUGUUUUAUUUGGGAGGAAGGGAGGGAGAAUAGUUACUUGGAUCUUGACUCUCUCUUUCACUUCCACCCAGACCCUUCACUCUUGCAUUUCUGAGAUGGGGCCCCUCUGCUCUUGAAACCAGCAUUCUGGAGAAUAAAAGGCCACUGAGCACUGUUUGAAGGAAGGGGAGAAGCCACCACCGUUGUCCAAAUCAGUGGGGGCAUGGGGCUUAUUUUGAGGGGGGUGCGGAUCCUGAUAGGGCAAGUCAUAGAGAUAAAUCAUGGACUUAGACCAGCAUAAAAUGGGAUUUAAAUGGGUCAGGACAUAGCAGGUGGGCAGGGGAAAGAAGCAACCAACUCAAAAUACCUUUUCAGAAAAGUAAUUGGGUGGGGGUAGCCUGUAUCUGGACCAAUGUCCAUUGUUGUCUUUUUUUCCCUUUGCAGAAUUGUUUGUUUUAUUUUGGGGGUGCAAAUUGCUAAGCUCCAGGUGCCUGAACUGGAAUUGAUAAAUGAAUUACUUUAAAGCUGGCAGGUUCUAAAGAUCUUAAAUGGUAUUUCAUUUUUCUUUUUUAAUGGGGGUUGCAAACAGGUAGAUUAAAACAGGCAUAAAGCACAAGGCAUGCAGAGUGGACUGGUCGCUGCUCGCUAAAGUUCUUCCCCUUCUCUCCAAAUAAGGUGAAAGCAAAUGGCUUUAAUAGGAGGUGGAAACUGGAGCUGUCUUUCUGCUGACUUCAAAAGAUGAUCUGGUCAAAGAAGUGAAAUCUGUAGCUGGGUUUUUAAAAAGCAAAAUCUUCAAAUUGUAAUUUGGCAAAGGGACUGGCUACAGGUCUGUGAAAAGACCCACGUAGGAAAACGGAAGGCUUCUUUCAUCGUGCAAACUAGUGGACAUGAACACAGAUACCAAGAACCUCAGGUCCAGAAGUCCAGCAUCAGUUAUUCUUUUAACAAGAUUUUUUU